GAAGGCCAGUCUCUAUCUGCACUUCGGCUGUUCCGCCGAACUUCUGAUAGUGAUCAUGAAAAUAAUGUAUUUGGUGACGAUUCCAAUAUUGAUAGUUUUAUCAGUGGCCGCUUUCACUAAUUGCGAUGAGGGUGAGUGGCGGAAAGUACAUAUUGCACAAGGAGACUUGCUCGGGCGCAGGGACCCGGCCUUCGGACUGUACUCCUUUUAUAAUAUACCGUAUGCCACCGUGCCAUCCGGACCGGACCGGUUUAAGGCUCCGCUUCCGGGUCCAGUAUGGGAGCAACCACGGGAAGCAGUCGACAAAGGUGUAAUUUGUAUGCAGAUUCCAACAAAACCCACAAAGUCUUUAACGAUGCAGGAGGAUUGUCUCAUUGCGAACAUAUUCGUCCCGGACACUGAUGAGAAAGAUCUGCCUGUAAUAGUAAGCAUACAUGGAGGAGGAUUCGAACUAGGAUACGGGGCUUUUCUGGCACCUAAAUACUUAGUUAAAACUAAAAAAGUAAUUGUAGUCAACUUUAAUUACCGACUUGGAGUACAUGGGUUCCUGUGUCUGGGCACAAACGAUGUUCCCGGCAACGCUGGAUUGAAGGACCAAGUGGCAUUACUCCGCUGGGUGAAGGAUAACAUCGCUAGCUUUGGAGGCAAUCCUGAUGACGUCACAGUGACGGGCGGCAGCGCAGGGUCAAUAUCAACUCUGUUGCUGAUGUUGUCAAACACAACAGAAGGGCUUUUUAGAAAAGUAGUCCCGGAAAGUGGAGCUGCCGUAUCCUCUCUUGCGGUUCAGUUAGAUCCACUUGAAUAUGCUAAGGAUUGGGCUAAAACGUUAAACUUUACAAAUGUAGAUGAUUUGGCCGCAUUAGAAGACUUUUAUAAAAACACUCCUCUACAGUCAUUGUUUCACAGCGCCCAAAGAACGGAUUCUACACUAUUCCAUUCACCGUGUAUUGAACGCCAAACUAGUGAACAAAGUUUUUUGGAUGAUUCGCCGUACAAUAUAAUCAAAAGUGGCAAUUAUAGAAAAGUUCCUAUUUUAAUUGGGACGAGCAAUAUGGAAGGGUUGCUCGAAAAAAACAAGUUUAAAAGGUGGGAAAUGGCUAUGAACGAAAAUUUUUCGGAGUUCUUGCCAGGUGAUUUGCAAUUUGACAAUAUGGAAGAGAAGAAAGAGACGGCUAAAAAAGUUAAAGAACUUUAUUUUGGUGACCAGCCGGUCAGCGAAGACACAAUAUUGUCGUACAUUCAAUACUUCGGAGAUGUAAUGUUUAAUUAUCCUACUUUGAGAACAGUGCAGUUGCUCAUAGAAUCUGGACAUGAUCAAAUAUAUUUAUAUCAAUAUUCUUUUGUGGAUGAGAGUACUCCGUUUGUUCCAUACACGAAGGUGCGUGGUGCUGGGCAUUGUGCUCAAUCUGUCGCCAUAUUCGACGUAAGCAGUGACGAGAGUACAUUGUCGGUGGAAUACCAACAAAUGAAAGCCACGAUGAGGGAAUUAUGGACCAACUUUGCUGUACAUGGAAUGCCUGUGUUGAAUGGAUCGUCCUUGCCCGCUUGGCCGACUGUAGGUGCAGAUGGCAGUCCAUAUAUGAUUCUGAACCAACCACUGCAGCUGGCUGGAGCAUUCUUGGAGAAGCGAGCACAGUUCUGGAAUGAUCUCUACGAUAGACAUUAUCGGGCACCGGUACCGCCCCAGUAACGGCAGAAAUAAGUAUGUGUAUAGUUGAAGUUAUAGUGUAGAAUGAAAUAAAAUGCGUUAAAGGACGCACCUGAGAGUAA